AUGCUGGCGCCUUCCAGCUCGCGCGCUCGUCCUUCUUCACGUCAUGUCACUUCACGACACUUCCUCGCAACCCUCAUCCCACACCCGCAACAACCAAAAGCGAAGGAGAACAGCAGAGGCACAAGAACCAUGACCGAACCCCGCCAACGCCCCCGCGCAAAAGGCGCCCCAAUCUUCAACCAAAACGACCUCAGCGAACUCCUCUACGCCUUCGGGGACACCCCCAACCCCCUCCCUGGCACAAUCUCCAUCCUCGACGAAAUCCUCUCGGACUUCAUAAUCGAAACCUGCCACAGCGCCGCCUUAUGCGCCAGCUACUCCCGCCGACAAAAAAUAAAAGUCGACGAUUUCCGCUGGGUGUUGCGCAAAAAUCCCGCAUUACUAGGACGCGUGAAUGAGCAGUUGUUCAGGGAGAAGUAUAUUAAGACGCAGAGACGACUUGUGGAUUUUGAUGCGUAUGGGAAGGAAGGGGCGGCGGAGUUGGCGGAUUUGGCGGAGGUUGGUGGAGCUGGAGAGGAGGAUCUGAAGGGCGGGAAGGGUGCCGGAGGGAAGGGAAAGGGAAGAAAGAAGAAGAGGAAGGCGGAUGAUGAGGGAGAGGGUGGCGGGAAGAAGUUGAAGGAGUAGGUGGUUUGCGACAAAACAUUCUGGUUCGAUGAUUCGUGGGUGAGAGCAGACUGGGCAUGAUUUUAGCGAUGGCGUUGGCGUGGACGGGAAGGCAUCACGAUACCCAAAUUGGCAUUUUGGCAUGGAGUUCAUGGCGAUGUACACAUGGGCGACACGGACACCUAUCACUGUGGAUCGCCUACACAGCGAACAAGAAGAUAUCGAUAUUGCAUAGAUAUUGCAUACUCAGAAGCAGCAGCGCUGUGAUACUUUUCACUCGAAGCACCGUGGCAUCAA